AGUGGGUAGAUGCGAGAGGGCAGGAUUACGCGAUUUCGGCCUUAUGACACCUGUUUCCUAGCUCCCGGGCACCAGGGUAACCGGAAAAUAAACUGUGCGAUACGUCUUUUAUUCAACCCGGGGAUCCCAUUGGCGAGGACGCCGCUGGGAGGGCGCGGUAUGAGAGGCAGUGCGCAGGCAGGGCGUUCAUAUCUCAAGGAGCUUUGGUCAAUGGUCCUGAAUUGGAGGGGCCGGGAUUUUGAACGAGGUGGGCGUGCUGCCCGUCUUGUAGCGGGUGGGGUUUAUUCUACUUCGUUGGAGCUCAGCAGAGCAGAGUUUUUUUGCUCGUAUUCCGGAGGCUGAGCUGCGUGCUACCGGCAGCGUUAGCGAACACAACUUGGAACUAGUUUCAUAAAUAGUUUUUAAAUAAAUAAAUAAAAACGCCGCGGAAACGCAACAGGUUAAGCGCGUUCUCGAGGAAUACAGAAACGCAACGGAGUGCCGUCGGAUUACUAAAUUUGGGAAAGAGAAUCGAAUAAGGGGGAUGUCUUGUGGCACCUGAAACCUGUUUUCUUUUAAGAACUCAAUGUGCGGACGCACUUUGUACGACCCCGGCGCUUAAGGCUGAAGAAUUACUCUGAUUCCUCGGGUAGAUUUGGCUGACGGCAUGGGAGCACUUACCGGAGAUUUUUCUCGAAGAAAAAAUAAUCACAGAACACAUUUUUGAUCGUUAAAUCUAUUUUUUUUGUGGAGUUGUUUGUCGGGGACAGUGAACACAUUUUUCCUUUGGCUGAGCUGUGGCGACUUCACCUGUCAUGUGGAAUAUACAAGCAUGGUGAAUUAUUUACACGUUAACCUCGGACGAGUCAGUAUGGCCGGCCCGGCGAAGCCGCCUCUGCGCGGCGUCGUCAGUUGGCUGCUGGUGCUGCUGCUCUCGCGGCUGCCGCGGCUCGCGCUCGCCGCCUCCAAGGACAUAGUGUGCGAGCCCAUCACCGUGCCCAUGUGCAAGGGCAUCGGCUACAACCUCACCUACAUGCCCAACCAGUUCAACCACGACACGCAGGACGAGGUGGGGCUGGAGGUGCACCAGUUCUGGCCGCUGGUGCGCAUACACUGCUCCCCGGACCUGCUCUUCUUCCUGUGCAGCAUGUACACCCCCAUCUGCCUGCCCGACUACAAGAAGCCGCUGCCCCCCUGCCGCUCGGUGUGCGAGCGGGCGAAGCGUGGCUGCUCGCCCCUCAUGAGCCAGUACGGGUUCGAGUGGCCCGAGCGCAUGAACUGCGAGCGGCUGCCGUUGCUGGGCAACACGGAGAACCUGUGCAUGGACCAGAACACCAGCGAGAGCACCACCCUCUCGCCGCUCUUCCAGAAGCCCACCCCGAAGGGGCCCUCGGUCCGCCACCGGCCCCCGUCCCCGUCGGGCUGCGUGCAGGAGUGUCGCUGCCGGGACCCCCUGGUGCCGGUCCAGGAGCCGUCCCACCCGCUGUACGGCCGGGUGCGGGCGGGCCCCCUGCCCAACUGCGCCCUGCCCUGCCACCAGCCCUACUUCUCGCCGGACGAGCGCGCCUUCACCGCCUUCUGGGUGGGGCUGUGGUCGGUGCUGUGCUUCGUCUCCACCCUCACCACCGUGGCCACCUUCCUCAUCGACAUGGAGCGCUUCCGGUACCCCGAGCGGCCCAUCAUCUUCCUGGCGGCGUGCUACCUCUUCGUGUCGCUGGGCUACAUCGUGCGGCUGGCGGCGGGGCACGAGCGGGUGGCGUGCGGCGCCGACGGCCGCCACGUCCUCUACGACGCCACGGGCCCCGCCCUCUGCACGCUGGUCUUCCUGCUGGUCUACUUCUUCGGCAUGGCCAGCUCCAUCUGGUGGGUGGUGCUGUCCUUCACCUGGUUCCUGGCCGCCGGCAUGAAGUGGGGCAACGAGGCCAUCGCCGGGUACUCGCAGUACUUCCACCUGGCCGCCUGGCUGGUGCCCAGCGUCAAGUCGGUGGCGGUGCUGGCGCUCAGCGCGGUGGACGGCGACCCCGUGGCGGGCAUCUGCUACGUGGGCAACCAGAGCCUGGAGAACCUGCGCGGCUUCGUCCUGGCGCCGCUGGUGGUCUACCUCUUCACCGGCUCGCUCUUCCUCCUGGCGGGCUUCGUCUCCCUCUUCCGCAUCCGCAGCGUGAUCAAGCAGGGCGGCACCAAGACGGACAAGCUGGAGAAGCUGAUGAUCCGCAUCGGGCUGUUCACCGUGCUCUACACGGUGCCCGCCACCGUGGUGGUGGCCUGCCUGGUGUACGAGCAGCACUACCGGCCCGGGUGGGAGAGGGCGCUGGCGUGCUCCUGUCCGUCCGAGCGGCAGCGGCUGGGGCCCGACUACGCCGUCUUCAUGCUGCGCUACUUCAUGUGCCUGGUGGUGGGCAUCACCUCCGGCGUCUGGAUCUGGUCGGGCAAGACGCUGGAGUCCUGGCGCAAGUUCGCCGCCCGCUGCUGCCCGUGCCGCGGACGCAAACCCGCAGCCGCCGCCGCCGCCGCCGCCGCCUCGGUCUACGGCGAGGCCAGCGCCGCCCUCACUGCCCGGGCGGGGACGGUCGGGACGGGGUCCUACCACAAACCCUCGCCCCCGUCGCACGUUUGAG